GUCAUCCAUAGCAUAAACACAAAAGAGUCAGAAGGUGCGGGACUGUGUGCAACCGCCGGAAGGCUUGCCAGGGACAAUACAAAGGGGUCAGGCUGUGUCAAAACUCAGCGAAUCACGUUUCUCAAACGGGUUUCCAGUUGUGAGGCCUUGGGCAGAAGAAACGCAUGAAGAAAGACGGGUCAUUUAAAUUCUCAAGGACUGGUUUGCACAUUCUGCGUGAGUCUGUUGAGGCCAUUACAGGUCUGUGGCUGUGCUCACUGAACCGUCAGAGUGAGGGAAAAGUCAGUCGUCAUAGGGUCAAACGCUGAGGCAGGACUAAACUGUACAACUACAGGGGCUUCUGUGGGUGGUGUGCCUUUGAUUCCUGUUGUGUUCCCGUGUACUAGUGAAAGACUUUCCCUGUGCAGACAAGUCGGACUGAGGGCUGAGCUCGAGAACUACGUAUCACUGCUGAAAGGAGAGGUUGAUUGGUCGCGGGCUUCUAUAUGGGUUGUUCAGUUUAGUGGUGUUUUCCCACUGAGCAUUUGAUAGCUGAGAGUUGUCAGUCAAGUUAGACUUACGGGUCAAAACGUUGGCGGCAUUUAGCUUCAGCAUUUCACUGUUGAUACUUCGCGUCUGCUAUUGCCACCAGUAUACUCCGGGCGACGCCUUUUAGAAGUUGAAAUAAACACAUAAUAGGGACAUCCUAGCAGACAAGAACACGGCCACUAUGGAAUCUUUUACCAAGACGGCUGCGGACGAAGCACCGGGAAGUUCUACAGCGUUCUCUCUGCCUCCAGUAUUUACAGACAGUCGGGCUUGGGCUACGAACACUACCGGUAACAACACAGCCUCGCUUCCAGAGGAAAAUGGCGGGAUCCCCGGCAUAGUGAUGGACGUGGUGGUCACGUUUACCGUCUGUCUGAUCCUAGUUGCCAUGGGGUGCACUCUGGAUUUGCAGGCCAUGCUGAAGUAUAUCAAGAGGCCGUACGGGAUAGGGGUGGGAGUCAUGUCGCAGUUCGUCAUCAUGCCGCUAGUGGCGUUCUUGUUGUGCCUUGCCUUUCAGUCCCAGUUGGAUCCUGCACGCGCCCUGUCCAUCCUGGUGGUCGGAACCUGCCCGGGCGGCCACAUGUCCAACCUGCUGGUGUACUGGCUGGACGGAGACAUGAAUCUCAGUAUUUGUAUGACGACUGUGUCCACCGCCCUGGCUAUGGGGCUGAUGCCGCUGUGCCUGUGGAUCUACAGUAAACCCUUCAUAUCGGCCUCGACCGUCGUCGUACCUUACGAGAAGAUCGUCAUCGCUCUGGUCACCAUCAUCAUUCCUGUCAGCGCGGGCAUGUUUCUCAAGUACAAGUCACCGAAAUGGGCCAGGCGGUUUCUCAAGAUUGGCGGCAUAUUCGGCAUCGUCAUCAUCCUAUCCAGCGCGGUGCUUGGUGGGAUAGCCUACCAGGACAUGUGGACCGGUCCUCCCGCCCUUUUUCUCAUCGCCUUCAUCUUCCCCACGAUUGGCUACUCCUUUGGUUACGUCAUCGCCUGGCUCUUCCGCAUGGACGCCACCUGCCGCAAAACGGUGUGCAUCGAGACGGGGACCCAGAACAUCGGCAUCGCCUUGUCUAUUCUAAAGUUGACAUUUGCUCCGGAACUAGCAAGUAAGAUCAUCCUCUUCCCCAUGCUAUACGCCAGUUUUCAGGGUCUAGAGGCCAUGAUACUGGUAAUCUCCUUCCAGAUCUGGAAAAGAAAGUGCAAAACGGUCAAGGAGAAGGAAGAGAAAGAGGUGGGAGAUGAUACCAAGGAUGUUAACCUACUUGACGAUCAUAAGACUACAGACGAAGAUAUGUACGAAUUCGUUACUACUCUGUAAGAUGAUACCUUGUUCGUUAACAGAGGGAACUGUGAAAUGUUAUAAUUGUUUUGUGGGAUUCAGUAGCCUACACGAGGUCCUCCUAUAGGGGUAUUCAUCUUAGAAUUCGGCAAAAAGGGGAAUAGCUGGCCCGUAGAGUCAGCCGGCGGGAAAGUUAAUAUUCCGGCUGAUGAAACCUUGGGGUGACCAGAAGAGUGAUGGGGAAGAGUCUGUGAUGUCCCAAAUUUGGUCACUGAAGACCACCGUACCUGUCUCCCAAUUUUCUUGAUAAGUGUGUUGGGUUCUUUAACGUGCAGAGGUUUGAGGCCUGAGGCUUCCCAAUGCAUCCUUAUCAAUAUGCAUGAUUUGUGAGUUAGGAUUUUUCGGUGCCAUUUUGAUCACCGUGAGGACCUUGAUUUUAACGCCCACCUAUAACAUCGGCACUAUAUAGAUCUAUAUACUUAGGAGUCAUACACUUCUUGUUGUGCAUUUCAUACCUGUCACAGAUAUAUCGCUGACAUGCACUCUCUAUAUAUACAAGAAUUGUACACUUGUUGUGCAUCAUCGUUUCAUACAUGAAACAAAUUGUUAAUUGUCUCUAACGUUUCGUUUUUAUCAUACUGGUAAAGUACAUGUAUUUAUCAUACCGUUCAGUAGCCUGGAG